CCUACCUAGAUGCAAGCCUCGCCUGAGUUGAAAUCGACGAAAUACAUCCCUCUUUCAUAACCAACUACCCUACGACAUACUGCUAGAGCAGCGCUUCAGGCUCUUGUUUUACAGCUUUAAAUAAAUCCUUAACCAUCCUUGUUGAAUCGCUUACCCACGCAGCGGUACAUUAAUCAAAUACCUAUUAACUUGCCUACUUAGUACAUAGCCCUUCCAGCGCUCCAGACUCCAGUGCUCCGGCGACGAUCAUAUUACUAGUUGCUACUCACCAAGUAACUGGGAGUUGCGUAUAACAUCCAUUUCGCGCGACGCAAUAAUACUGCCUCCUAGUUGUUUCUACCUCAUAUCUAAAGCCCCAAUAUAAAUAUUUAGCGAUAUCCAUCAUCGCUGACAGCAUGCGAUUCGAUGCUCCAGGGCGCCUUUAGCUUCAAGCGAUAUCAUAAGUCAAGGCGAGCAUCGACAAAGUAUUAUGGCUGGCAGCGCAGAUUCAAGCCACUCCAGCUUGAAGGACCUUCUAACUUCGCAUCCGCAAACGAGACAUGAGACCGGUCAGCCUCUGCCGGAAUCUUCAUCGUCGGAUAUUCCUGUGCGCGACCCGCCCGUGCCGAACCUAUCCAAACUUCUUAGAGGCAAAGGACGAGAGUGGGAAGCUAUAAAAUCCAAGCCUAGGCCGUUGCAGCUCCUCGACCUUCCGGUCGAUAUUUUGAGACUCAUCGUUAAGGAGGUGACCCAUACGAACGACCUAACCUCGUUAGCUUUAACGAAUUCCACUCUCUAUUAUCUCGCUAUACCUCAUAUUUACGCCCGCUUCGAUAUAGUCUGGCCAGAUGAUACUGUUCCCCCAUCUGAUAGCAAAAACGUCGAUGCGCUGACCUAUGGGUUGGCAACCUUGUGUCUAGGUAGUAAGUUCGCUCAGCGGACAAGAUGGCUGAAAGGGAGCUCUCUACCUUACUUGGAGUCCUCUGGGAGACUCUCCAACAACCAAUAUGCAAGAUAUACUCGUAAAUUUUCCCUCGGUAACGGGCCGAAAGACUGGACAUCCGAGUAUAUGGUCACUAAGGAGAGCGGGAAGAUGCUAGGAACAUUAGUGGCAAUAGCUGUCGGCAAGAUGAUCAACUUAGAAACAUUCGUGUGGGACAUGCCCACAGGAGUUUUAUCUGAAGUUUUCAUGGCCUUAGCAUCCCUACAAGAUCAUUAUCCAGAAGGUCAAUCUAAGCUGGAGAAGGUCUGGGUUCGUUGGCACGAUAAUUCCGAGAUCCAAGAUGCUUCAUCCUCCGUUUCUAGCCCGAUCCAAGGUCCCUUGCCGCCUCUUUCUGUUCCUAUCGGAAGUACAGUGACUCCUGUCGGCAAUACUCUGCCUAGUGAUUUCCACCCGUCUGUAACACAACCAAUUAAGUACUCCGAAAGUCACGUCGAGUAUCCAACUUUCAGCAUUCUACCACCCCUCAAAAGCUUGACGGUUCUAGACAUCGAUGAGCUCGCGUACUUAGACGAGAUAUCGGUGCUUAUCGAGCGUUCGAGAUCUUACCUUAGGGAACUCCGAAUUGGAAUAUCGCAGAAAGCUCGCAUGGCGGAUUUUGCGCAGGCAUGGGAUAGCUACACCUUAGAGCAAAUUGACCAUGAUGCCCGUUGGCCCGGAGAAAGUCAGAUCGGAGAAAGGAGACUAGGGGGGGUUCUAGGGGUACUGGUUGGCAGAAUAUAUGACAUAAGAAGAAAACCGGUCACAAAGGUUCAGACGAAGGAUUCGACUGAUCCCACAUCAGAACAACCGCAAUUUGGGGUCGGGUUCGGCUCAAGUUCUAACGGGGGUCUUUCACCGUUCGCGCACUCGAAUAUCACAACGCCUAGAGAAAUACCACCCCUGAAUCAGCAGCGGCCCGGUGUCUCUACGGCUUCAGGUCAGAGCAGCAAUGGAUUAUUUGCGGAAAGAAAGCGUCUUGAUGGAAAGCUCCAACUAGAGACAUUGGAACUCGAACGGGUACCGCUAUCACUACAAGUUUGCACAAAGGCCUUUGACUGGAGCGUCUUGACAAGUCUUACGAUUCUCGAUUGUAUGUUUGUUGAGCACCUCUGGAGGACUCUAAAAAGACAAUUUCACCCUACACCCCCGGCCCACGGCUCACCCCCUGGAACACCAACUCAGUAUCACUUGGCACUGAAGCACAUACAUACCAACAUUCCUUCCAAUACUCUGGUUAGUUUCAUUAAGGAAACUCUCGCACCUAAUAGUCUAGAAGUACUUUUCUUGCAAGACCGACGGCGGGCGCCUCAUCCAGCUGUGAAACUUGACCAGGUUUUCAAGGGCGCGAUAAAACGCCAUCGAUUAAGCCUGAAGAAACUCCUUCUCGAUAGCUCGGACGACUCGGGAGAGGGCCGUCGGUGGGAAAGUUGGGUGCUUAGUAGCGAAAUGAUUUCUUACAUUACUAGCGGGCGAAUGCCAAAUCUCAGAGAACUUGCUGUGGCGAUUGAUUAUAAAGACUGGCAUCCAUUCCUCCAGCGGCUUCCGAACGUAUCACAGCUUCGCUCUCUGCACUUAACUCAUAUAUUAGGGCACAUAUCUGGCAAUUUCGAUCCAAAAGAGCUCGCUCUCCAGCUAGUUGAUAUUAUCACGCUUCGAACAGAAAUUCAGCUCUGCUACGUAGGCAUAAACAACAAAUGCUUUGAGAUACUAGAGACUCGGUCAGGCGACGGUACUAAUGGCAGUUCUGAUAUCGGCCUGGGUGGAAACCACAAUGAAGACGUACCCAUCGUGAUCGAUAUGGACGACGGCAACGAUGAUGACGGCAGUGAGGCUGACGAAGAGACGGAAGAGGACGACGAUGAUGAUGACGACGAUGACGAGAACGAGGACAACGCCAAUGCGGGUGCGGCGGACGCUGGGGAUGACAUGACUGAUGUGUCUGACGAUGCUGAGUCUGAGAUGGACUCGUUACAAGAAGACGAUACAGUAGGGUCAGCAGCACGGCUUCGUUUACGUGAGAUAUUGUUCUACGAUGACAAAGUCGCUAUAUUCAAGGCACGGCACGGCAGGCUAUAAAGUAUGAGGUAUGACUUUGGGCCCCCAAAGGCUUGGAGCUCGUUAAGUUGUAUUUAAAAUUUCGUGAGCAGGGCGUGGUACAAGGCUCUUCUUACUUAGGACACGAGCAUAUGAAUUUCAACAGCGCUUAGCAAACGUAAGACUUCGGGCUCAGCUCCCGCGUCUACCUACAUUAGGUACUUAAAACAAAAAAGAAAUAUUAUAAAAAAAAAACAAAGGAAAAUUGUGACCGAUUCUUCGCACUUUGUCUUCCG